AUGAAGGGUGGCCUGGAGUCAAGAAUGUUCGAUGCCCUGAAGAAGGAAUUCUGUCCAGCAAGUAUGGAGGUUAGAAACACUUCCUACGACCAUAUAGGACAUAGAGAAGUGGGCAUGGGGGGCUUAGAGACACACUUUCGUGUAAAAAUAAAGUCCGCCAUGUUUAACGGAAUGAAAUUUGCAGAUAGGCACAGACUUGUACACAAGACACUGGAGUUUGCUUUUCAAGAGGGGCUUCAUGCUAUUGAGAUUGAUUGCGAUUCAGAUAGCCAGGAGUGA